UUCACUGGACUGUGCAUGCAUGAGUCCACCGGCACGGCAAGCAUGGUAGCGUGUCCAUGGAGUGGAGUCCAGGACCGGAAGGAAGCGCCCGUCGCCAUCCACAAACAAGGACGUUUACCCUCUCGCUCUCACCGACGCACUAGUCCUCACUCCUCACUCGAGGCUGCUGGGCGGCUGGCAUCAUCACUGCUACUAGUGGUACGUGAAUUAGCUGCAGCUCUACAACUAUAAGGCCAGCUGCGUUUGUGCCUUGCCGGCUGGGACGACAAAAGUAAGGCCUGCCAGAGACCAAUGGGUUUCCGCGGUGGUUUCAGGCCGCUCGUGACGUUGGUCCUCCUGUGCCUGUGCGCCUCGCGCCUCUGCUCCUUGUCCCAUGCCAAGAGGACGCCGCGGCCUACGCCUACUCCAGCGAAGAAGCCACCGCCAUCGUCGCCGUCCCAGCAGAGCCCGCCGCCGCCGGCCUCGUAUCCGCCUCUCCCCGUCCGGGCGGUGUGCCUCGGCGGUUGGCUCGUCACCGAAGGCUGGAUACUGCCAUCCCUCUUCGACGGCAUCCCCAACAAAGAUCUCCUGGAUGGCACGCAGGUGCAGUUCAAGUCGGCGCUGAGGAAGACGUACCUGACGGCGGACCAGGGCGGCGGCGGCGCCGUGGUGGCCAACCGGACGCAGGCCUCCGACUGGGAGACCUUCAAGCUGUGGAGGAUGAACGAGACGACGUUCAACUUCCGGACUUCUGGCAACCAGUUCGUGGGCAUCGGCGCCAGCGACGGCCUCAUCGUCGCGACGGCCACCACGCCGACCCUGCCGGAGACGUUCCAGAUAGUGCGCUGCCCCUUCGACAAGAACAGGGUCCGGAUCAAGGCAGCCAACGGCUACUUCGUCCAGGCAAUAGCAACCGGCGAAGUGAUAGCGGACUACGGUGAACCCACACGGUGGUCCGACUUCGACGCGUCGGUCUUCCUGAUGACCAAGGUUGGGGAGCAGCUGCAAGGGGAGUACCAGCUCUGCAACGGAUACGGCACCGACAAGGCCACGCCACUGCUCAGGGACCAUUGGAGCACCUACAUAGUUGAGGACGAUUUCAAGUUCUUUGCAUCAAGUGGGCUGACUGCAGUGAGGAUCCCAGUAGGAUGGUGGAUCGCUAGUGACCCCAACCCUCCUGCUCCAUACGUCGGAGGUUCCCUCCAAGCCCUGGACAACGCCUUCAAAUGGGCAGAGAAGUACAAGCUGGGUGUCAUCAUUGACUUGCACGCUGCUCCCGGAUCACAGAACCCCUGGGAGCACAGCUCCUCCAGAGACGGCACGCAGGAAUGGGGAACAACAGAUGCCAACAUUGCGCAGACGGUGCAAGUCAUCGAUUUCCUCGCAUCCAGGUACGCGACGAGCUCGAGCCUGUUUGCCGUGGAGCUGAUGAACGAGCCGCUGGCGCCUGGAGCGACACUGGACAGCCUCACCAAGUACUACCGCGACGGCUACGACGCCGUCCGGAAGCACUCGCCGACGGCCUACGUGGUCAUGUCCAACCGCCUGUCGUCGGGGAACUCCACGGAGCUUCUCCAGUUCGCCAGCGGGCUCCAGGGCGCGGUCAUCGACGUGCAUUACUACACCGUGUUCAACAGGAUGUUCAACAACUUCACCGUGCAGCAGAACAUCGACUUCAUCAGGACCAACUUCUCCGGCGAGCUCACCACCGUCACCACCCACAAUGGCCCGCUCACCUUCGUUGGAGAGUGGGUUGCGGAGUGGAAGGUGCCAAACGCAACUAAGGAAGAGUACCAGAAGUACGCAACGGCGCAGAUGAAUGUGUAUGGACAGGCCACGUUUGGAUGGUCCUAUUGGACUGCCAAGAAUGCCAACAACCAUUGGGAUCUCGAGUGGAUGAUUAAAAAUGGAUACAUCUCAUUGAAAGGCUAGGACAAAAAACCAACAUGUUUCUAGUCUUUGGGAUUUAUUUAUAAGUAAGUUUGGAGGCAAAUACGUUCUCUUAAAUUGUAGUCUAUUGACGUCAAAUUAGGAAACAGGGGAGCCGGAGAUAUAUUGUAAUUAAUUAAGGCGAAGUUCGUGCUAUGAACAAUGUUGAUUCUUAUGUACUUGAGCAAACCGCUGUGCCUAUCGCGUUGGGGAUAUUUAACUUGUUGCUGUCUUUAUGCA